AUGGCCAGGCUCCCAGCCCCAGGCUCUGUGAUUGUCCUUGAUUGGCAUGAGAGCACAGAGGGCAAAGAGCAUCUGUCAUCCAUCCUUCGGAAGAACAGACGAAGGGUGUUUGGACUGCUAGAGAGGCCAGUUUUGCCACCCCAGGUGGCUGCUGACACUGCAAGCUACAAGAUUUUUGUUUCUGGGAAGAGUGGGGUGGGGAAGACAGCCCUUGUGGCCAAGUUGGCGGGCCUGGAGGUUCCUGUGGUACACCAUGAAACAGUAGGUAUCCAGACGACAGUAGUGUACUGGCCCGCCAAACUGCAGGCCAGCGAACGAGUGGUCAUCUUCCGCUUUGAGUUCUGGGAUUGUGGAGAAGCAGCACUCAAGAAAUUUGAUCACAUUUUGCCUGCCUGCAAGGAGAAAACGGAUGCCUUCCUUUUCCUCUUCUCUUUCACUGACCGGGCCUCCUUCGAAGACCUCCCGGCUCAGCUCUCCCGGAUUGCCGGAGAUGCCCCCAACGCUGUCAGGAUGGUGAUCGGCUCCAAGUUUGACCAGUACAUGCACACGGACGUUCCGGAGCGGGACCUCACGGCUUUCCGGCAGGCCUGGGAGCUGCCCCUGCUGCGGGUGAAGAGCGUGCCCGGGCGCCGGCUGGCCGAUGGGCGCACCCUGGACGGGAGGGCCGGUCUGCUGGAUGUGGCACACGUCCUCAAUAGCCUGGGGGAGCACUUGUGGCACCAGGACCAGGUGGCGGCCGGGCUCGUCCCAGGUCCCCAGGAGAAGCCCCCGGACGGCAGCGGGUCGAGUUCCGGAGGAGGCGUCUGACAGGACGGGUUCUUGGGAGCAGGACUGAGCAGGGAGAAGCGGAUGUGCUUGGGAUCGAGGCGUGGACAGGAAAAUACUUUGUAUUGGUUCUAAGGCAGAAGAGUGGUCAGGGCUGGCAAUGAGAGUUA